CUGCACGCCGCCGUACACGUGGAUCGCUGCGACGAGCGUCUACCGAUCUCGCAAUGAUCUCCUUUGAAUCCCAACGGGCAUCUGCAUAUGUUAUUUCCCUUACACUUGCCGCCGUUUACGCACGGUAUGAAGCAUUUGGCUGAAAAGCGCGUGCCGAAAUAACCCUUGGGACACUCGCAGAUAUCCUUCUGUACGCAUUUCCCACCAUUCAGACACUUUUGAUCACAAAUACCUGAAAUCAUUCGAUACUAUGAUCGCCGGCGACACUGAGAGGCUCGCGUAUCAUCGUGAAAAUGUUGCAAAUUGGACGACUGGGGACGCGACUGACCAGCACGUCAACAACAUCAGCUACAUGUACGUCUAAAAAGACACUCGACACAAUAAUCAGGGUAGAUCAUGCUGGCGAAUUGGGAGCCGACAGGAUCUAUGCCGGACAAAUGGCUGUCCUAGGUAGAACGCAGGUCGGACCGACUAUACAGCACAUGUGGGACCAAGAGAAGCGGCACCGCGCCAAGUUCGAGGAGCUGAUCCGAAAGUACCGUGUGAGACCCACCGUUCUCACUCCACUUUGGAACGUCGCCGGCUUCGUUCUGGGCGCCGGUACCGCUCUCAUGGGCGAGAAAGCGGCGAUGGCGUGCACCGUGGCCGUAGAAACAGUGAUCGUUGAGCACUACAACGACCAGCUGCGCACGCUGAUGGAAAGCAAAGAGCACGUGAGCGAGGAGAUACUCGAGACGAUCAAACAGUUUCGCGAUGAGGAGCAGGAACAUCAUGAUACCGGCAUCGACCACGGCGCUGAGCAGGCGCCGUUUUACCAGGCUUUAACGAAUCUCAUCAAGUUCGGCUGUAAAACAGCCAUAUCCGUGUCCAAGGUGAUAUAAGGAUGCAUUUCUAGACGACGCAGCUUAGUAGUUUGUACGAGUAUAUUGUAAUUUGUACAUGGGUGAUGAGUUAUUUUCUGUAACUGCGAUGAGUCAAUUUGAAGAGACUCCUCUGAUUUUAUUAUAGUUAUUUCUUUUAAAUAUAUGAUAUUUUCAGCUCUCUUGGAGAAAUAAGUCAUUAGAAUUCCAAAUAACGAAUUUAUGUAAUAUGAGAUAUUCUUAAUUCUUUUUAGGAAUUGCAGUUACAAGAUCAUGUAAUGAAAAUUAAUAAAAGGAACUGUGCUGUAGUAAA